CAAGGGGACAUCAGCAGUGAAGUGGAUGAGCACUUCUCCAGGGCUCUGAGUAACCUCAAGGGGCCCCAGGGACGGAGUUCCUCAAGUCACAGUGACAAUGUGAUCCUCAAGAAUGAUAGCAGCAUGCCCCCGAAUCAGUGGCGUCUCUCUUCUUGGACAAAGCCCCAGGCAGAAGCAUCUCCUGCAAAUGGUGCCAGAAGCAGCAGCUUGGAUGAAUACAGUCCUAAGGCUAUGGAUCAGCACUCACUGUCCAUGCCCAAAUCCCCCUCUGCACAUCCUCAGGAGCUGUGGCACUUCUCCUCCCUAGUGAGGCCAGAUUUCCUAGAGCCUGCCCACUUCCGUGUCUUUCCUGACAAGCAUCUGGCUCCAGAGGUCUACCCUGAUGGGAGACAUGGGUCCCUUCAACAUUUAGUCCAACAAGAUAGACACCAAAACAAUCCUCUGGAACCUGCUGCCAGGGAGAAUUGCAGCCCUGCCAAGGUAGCUGGGAGCACAGGAUCCCGCAUGAACCAGCCUCCCAACUCAGUCCACUACAAGAAGAAAAUCUAUGGUCACGGACCUGCCAGUACCAGUCUUGAUAAUGAAAGAAGCCAGUCUCCAGAGAGAAGAAGAGAUAUCUACUUUUAUUAG